UACUCAUUGGAUCAAAGAGACAAAAACCAACCCUCACCCACUCUCUCCCUCACUUCCUGCGGCCAGCACCCUCCAAGCAAGAGCAAAGAAUCCUCCAUCAUUCUCCUCCAUUGUUGAAGAGAGCUUUACAAGAAAGAAUACCAAGAAAAGGAGCUAAAGUGCUAAAAGUGUGAAAGGAUUAAGGUAAUAACCUUAUCAAAACUUUCCUUUAUUUUUCUUCUAUCAUAUGAGAUAUAUAUCAUAUGAAGAACCUUGAGAGUUGUUCUACAUGAUUUAAGUGUAGAAUAAUGGGUGGGAGAGUGGUUCUAAGUCCAAGAACGGAUUUAGAAGCCAAACCGACAAGUUCCCCGGAAAAUGACCUUUUAAGGGUUAUGGGUAUUGAUUAAGGUUUUAUGAUGUUAAAACCUUGUUAGGAACUUGAUAUAAAGUAUCUUUGAGCUUCGCCGGAGUUUCGCCGGAGUUGGUCAAAGUUGACCGGAGUUGGUCAAAGUUCACCGGAAUUAGUCAAAGUUCAACCGCGGAGCGUAGAACACGCUUAAGCUCACUUAAGUUUCAGGUAGGGAGUAGAGCUUGCUACUACCGCUCGUUGCUUCGGGGAAUUCAAGGAGGAAGGCGUGGUUCGUGCUUCUUCUGUUUUCGUUUUGAAAACAAUUUAAAUAAUGCUCAUGGAUAUUAUUUCGAAUAUUUAUUUGGGGGCUUGUAUGCCAGUGGUUGCCACGUGUGGGUUGAAUAUUUGUAAUUAUGUUUCCGCUGCUUAACUAAAUAUUUUACGUUAUGGUUGUUUAUGGAUGUACUAUGUGUGAAUGGUAUCCAAGACGCCUAGUAUAGUAUGGAUGAGUUGGACUGCGGUUGACUAUUCGUACUGUACGGCGGGUUGUUGACGUGUCCGGUAGGUCCGGGGCGUGACACAGGAUUAAUGAAGAACAUGGAGAUUUCAGAACAUAUCCUUAUAGCUCAAGACAUGAUUCAUUCUAUUGAGAAAAAAGUUAGAGGAGCUAAUGUUGUGAUCAAAUUAAAUAUGACUAAAGCAUUUGAUAAGGUCUCUUGGGCAUUUCUUGAAGUAGUUCUAGAGAGGUUUGGCUUUAAUGAUCAUUUCAUGGCUCUUUUCUUUUGGGGAUCAGGUUCCACUAAACAACAUUACCACUGGAUGAACCCUGGAAAGAUAUAUGCCUUCCUGUGCAUGAACCCUCACAGUGGUAAUAUUUUAACAUUACCACUGUAUAUAUUAGAUUGUUAUCAGAUAUUGAGAAAGCCUUUUCACUUAAGUUAUGGUGGAAAUGGAAACAAAACUCUACACUUUGGGCUAAGUUUCACAAUGCUAGAUACCCAAGGAAUGGCAACAUGAAUCCUAAAAUCACAGUGCAUUUGGAGAAGAAUAUGUCACAUUAACAACAGGGGUGAAAACUUAUCUGAAUUGGAUGAUAGUGGUAAUCUCAAUUGGCUUCCACAGAAAGAUGGACAUCUCUCCUUAUCUUCUUCCUACCAUGAAAUUAGAUGGCGGAAGUAUGGUACUUUAUCUUCACGUUGCAUAUGGAACAAAUGUCAUACUUUACCAAUCAAAAUUUAAUUUUCAAUGGAAGUUAAUCAACAAUAUGAUUCUAGAUGCAGAGAACCUUAUCAGGUUUAACACUAUCAUUUACCCCUCAAUGUGCCCCUUCUGUAGGAAAC